CGAAUAACGCAACGUAAGAUUACAAAUACGUGGUAUUUUCUUUGUACAAGUUUCUGAAAGAAAAAAAUAAUAAAAACUUUUGAAAAAUUUAAAGCAACUAAUUAUUUUGAUUUGUGACUUUUAAAACAAUUUAUAUUCCAAUUAAAGAAGUGUAGUCAAAAUACAAAUUUACAUAGAGAUAGAAAAUAAAUUACAAAUGAUUGCAUUUUUUUUUAAAGACAUUCUAAUUUAAUUGCUGAAAAGUAUUAAUAAACUAAUCUAAAAAUGUCCACUACACGACGUCCGCGUGAUGGCCUGUUGGCACGCGUCAAUUUUCCUUUAUAUGCCGUGGAUAUGUUGACCAGUCGUCAUGUUUUAGUGGCUGGUGGUGGUGGAUCAAGCAAAACGGGCGUAGCAAAUGGUUUUGAGAUAUAUGAAAUAUUUCAUAAUGGUCAACACUUUUGUGCUCAAGAAAUUGUACGUUACGAAACGGGGGCAAAUGUUGUCAUGAAUUUUGCAGUACGUAACGAAGGUAGACGGGCAUUGCUUUGUGCUGGGCAAGAAUCGCACUGCCAAAUAUAUUUUGUUAAUCCGCGAGUGCUAAGCGAUGAUGGUAAAGAGGAAGUCUCAAUUAUUUCAGACUAUAAAUCUUAUAAGGAUAAUCACGACGUGCGAGCUCAUGAAAAUGGAUUAAGAAAUAGAAGAAAUACCACAUCGAGUGUGGAAGACUUGCCGAAUGGUCAUACUGCAAGUGCUACAGGAGACAAGCAACCACUGCCUACAGUGCCACCCGAUCAAAAUUCCAAUAUGAAGCGACAAUUAAAAUUCGACAUUAAAAUUGGUAAUUCGGUGCAAAGUGAUUUUUUGCCUACAGAACCAUUGCAGCGAGUAGUACGUAUUGGUCCUAAUGGUGAUAUCAUGGUGACCGGUGGAACUGAUGGCCAUUUAAGGGUGUGGUCAUUUCCAAAAAUGUCGUUAAUAAGCGAUAUAAAUGCUCACACGAAAGAAAUCGACGACAUUGAUAUAAGUCCCGAUUCAAAAUAUAUUAUAACAAUUGCUAAAGAUCGCUUGGGCAUUGUGUGGGAUAUAAAAACUUCGAAACGACACUACGACCUGAACUGGGAAACACCGGAAGGCAUCAAGUAUUUGUAUAAGCGAUGUCGUUAUGGAACUAUUGAGACGCAACGAGAUCAAUAUCGAUUGUUUUGCAUAGCGAAUCCUUUAGGGAAAGUGGGAAAACAACGAGGUUAUCUGCAACAGUGGGACUGUUCCACAGGAACAUUGCGGCUAGCUGUAGGCAUCGAUGAAAGCCUCUCGUCGUUGGCAGUACGCGAUGAUGGUCGUUUCGUAGCAAUUGGGACAAUGUUUUCUGGCAGUGUUUCUAUGUAUAUCGCUUUUAGUUUACAGCGCGUACUGCAUGUCGACAAUGCUCAUUCUAUGUUUGUGACGGGACUGCAGUUUUUACCUGUUACAAAUGAAGAAGGUCCGCCAGUAUCUAGCGAUACGGAAGCUGCUGUUCUAUCAAUAUCUGUUGACAAUAAAGUUUGCAUUCAUAGUUUGCAACAACGACACACCAUUCCUGCUUGGUUGGCCAUUAUAUUAAUUGUAAUUGUUUUACUGGCAGCAUUUACCUUAUGUUCAUAUUUAGGGCUUUAAGCUGUAAAAUUUCGAUGCACCGAUAGGUGGAUGUAAUUGUAAUGGCCAUGUGUACGCGAUAACGAAUAUUCGAUUUAAAGAAUUUUCACCUUUUGUAUUUUUUAGCAUAAAUCGCUUGUUAAUCUAAAGAUGACGUUUUCUGCAUCAGCGUUUAUAUCAAAA